UUGGCUGCCUGCGGCCGUCAGCAGGCGGUGAUUGGCCGGCGGCAGCGCCCUCAGCGCAGGGUGCGCUCGGAGGCCGCAGGCCUUCUUGAGCUGAAAGGAUGAAAAUUGGAAACUGGAAAAUCACUGUCACUGACCUGAGCUUUAUCCUGACUUCUGGAGUCCCAGUUGAUGUCGUUGGGCAAAUGAGUCUUCAAGAGUGUCCCCUGUCCUUGUCCAUGAUUUAGGCAGCGGCUGGACAUGCAUCACUAGCGGGAUGGUUGGCCACCGAAGCUGCAAUGUCGUCCCUGACGACCUCCAGUGAGGGAGAGAACUCCACUCCCAGGUUUGUUGUCGGCUCCAGAGAUGAUGAAACAGAAUUUCUGGGAUCAAACAUGAAGACAGAUGAAACCGAUUUUUUUGAAGACGAUGAAGAGGAGGAGUCGCCACCAGAACGGCAGAUCGUGGUAGGAAUCUGUGCCAUGACCAAAAAGUCCAAGUCAAAGCCCAUGACACAGAUUCUGGAGCGUCUGUGCAAGUUUGAGUACAUCACAGUGGUGAUCAUGGGGGAAGAUGUUAUUCUGAAUGAACCGGUGGAGAACUGGCCUUCUUGUGACUGCCUGAUAUCCUUCCACUCCAAAGGAUUCCCCCUGGAUAAGGCAGUUGCUUAUGCCAAGCUGUGCAAGCCAUUUCUGAUCAACGACCUUGAUAUGCAGUAUUUCAUCCAGGACAGGCGUGAAGUGUAUCGGAUCCUUCAAGAAGAGGGAAUAGACCUGCCUCGCUAUGCUGUGCUUAAUCGAGAUCCUGACAGACCAGAAGAGUGCAACUUGGUGGAAGGAGAGGACCAUGUGGAGGUGAACGGAGCCGUUUUCCCAAAGCCGUUUGUGGAGAAGCCAGUCAGUGCUGAGGACCACAAUGUGUACAUUUACUACCCGACGUCAGCAGGUGGGGGCAGCCAGCGGCUCUUCCGUAAGAUUGGCAGCCGGAGCAGUGUGUACUCCCCAGAGAGCAGCGUAAGGAAGACAGGCUCCUACAUUUAUGAGGAGUUCAUGCCUACAGAUGGCACUGAUGUGAAGGUGUACACCGUUGGGCCAGACUAUGCCCACGCAGAAGCUCGCAAAUCCCCUGCUUUGGAUGGGAAAGUGGAACGGGACAGUGAAGGGAAGGAAAUUCGUUACCCAGUCAUGCUGACUGCCAUGGAGAAACUUGUUGCCCGUAAAGUCUGUGUAGCCUUUAAGCAAACUGUGUGUGGGUUCGACCUCCUGCGGGCCAAUGGCCACUCAUUUGUUUGUGAUGUGAACGGCUUCAGCUUUGUGAAGAACUCCAUGAAGUAUUAUGAUGACUGUGCCAAAAUCCUUGGAAAUAUAAUCAUGAGGGAGUUGGCUCCCCAGUUUCAGAUCCCCUGGUCCAUCCCAACAGAGGCAGAAGACAUCCCCAUUGUCCCCACAACUUCAGGCACCAUGAUGGAGCUUCGCUGUGUUAUUGCAGUCAUCCGUCAUGGAGAUCGCACCCCUAAGCAGAAGAUGAAGAUGGAGGUGAAACAUCCCCGGUUCUUUGAAUUAUUUGAGAAAUAUGAUGGUUACAAGACAGGGAAGUUGAAGCUGAAGAAACCAGAGCAGCUACAGGAAGUGCUGGACAUUGCACGGCAGCUUGUGGUGGAGCUGGGAACACACGGUGAUUGUGAAAUUGAGGAGAGGAAAUCCAAACUGGAACAGUUGAAGAGUGUCUUGGAGAUGUAUGGGCAUUUUUCUGGCAUUAACCGUAAGGUUCAGUUGACCUAUCUGCCUCAUGGACAUCCAAAAGCUGCGAGUGAAGAUGAAGAAGCUCGACGAGAGUCCUCCCCCUCCCUUCUGCUGGUGCUUAAGUGGGGUGGAGAGCUGACCCCGGCAGGAAGAGUCCAGGCAGAGGAGCUGGGGCGGGCGUUUCGCUGCAUGUACCCGGGAGGACAAGGUGAUUAUGCUGGUUUCCCUGGCUGUGGCUUGCUCAGGCUGCACAGCACUUAUCGCCAUGAUCUCAAGAUCUAUGCCUCAGACGAGGGGAGAGUUCAGAUGACAGCAGCAGCUUUUGCAAAGGGUCUGCUGGCCCUGGAAGGAGAGCUGACCCCCAUCCUGGUGCAGAUGGUGAAAAGUGCCAACAUGAAUGGUCUGCUGGACAGUGACAGUGAUUCCCUUAGCAGCUGUCAACACAGAGUGAAGGCACGACUGCACGAAAUCAUGCAGAAGGAUGCCGAGUUCUGUGAAGAAGAUUAUGAAAAGCUAGCACCUACAGGCAGUGCUUCUCUGCUCAAUUCCAUGACCUUUAUCCAGAACCCAGUUGAGGUCUGUAACCAGGUGUUCACCCUGAUUGAGAAUCUCACCUCCCAGAUACGAAAACAUCUGGAAGACCCAAAAUCUGCAGACCUGCAGCUGUACCACAGUGAGACUUUGGAACUGAUGCUGCAACGCUGGAGUAAGCUGGAGCGAGAUUUCCGCAUGAAGAAUGGGCGCUAUGACAUCAGCAAGAUCCCUGAUAUAUAUGACUGCAUCAAGUAUGAUGUACAGCACAACUGUGCACUGAAAUUGGAAGGCACAACUGAACUCUUCAAGCUUUCCAAAGCCCUGGCAGAUGUGAUCAUACCACAGGAAUACGGGAUUAAUAAGGAGGAGAAACUGGAGAUUGCAAUUGGCUUUUGUCUUCCUCUCAUUAAAAAGAUCCAGCUGGACCUACAGAGAACUCAUGAAGAUGAGUCUGUCAACAAACUACAUCCGUUGUACUCGAGAGGAGUUCUGUCACCAGGUCGCCACGUUCGAACCCGGCUGUACUUCACCAGUGAGAGCCACGUGCACUCCCUGCUCAGUAUCUUCCGCUAUGGGGGGCUCCUGGAUGAAAACAAAGACCAGCAGUGGAAGAGAGCCAUGGACUAUUUGAGUGCUAUCUCAGAGCUGAACUACAUGACCCAGAUUGUUAUCAUGCUCUACGAGGACAACAACAAGGACCCCUCUUCAGAGGAGCGUUUCCAUGUGGAGCUGCAUUUCAGCCCUGGUGUCAAAGGCUGUGAGGAGGACAGGAACAUUCCCACGGGGUUUGGCUUUCGGCCAGCCUCAGCAGAGCAGAAUGAGGACAAGAAGGCAGACCAAGGCAGCCUAGAGGACCUCUCGAACAAGAAGAGCAGUGAUGAGCCAGACUGUGCUCGGCAGAAGUCCCCACAGCCCUCCGAGCCCGUCAGCAUCCAGCGAAGGUCGCCGCUGGUCAGGAACCGCAAGACGGGAUCCAUGGAGGUGCUGUCUGAAUCUUCUUCUAAAUCAGGAGGUUAUCGCCUCUUCAGCACUUAUUCCAGGCAGUCUUCUGAGAUGAAGCAAAGUGGAUUAGAGCUCUUGUCUAUGCCAGCCGUAAAACGAUUUUCUGUGUCGUUUGCAAAGCAUCCGACUAAUGAUGUGUUGGAGCACCAGCACGUUGCCCAGUUGCUACGGCGUUUUUCCUCUGACUGUGCCACGAGCCGGACCAUCUCCUUGGAUGCCACCUUAGCCCAUCACCUGCAGCAGUGCUCCUACCACCUGCGCCUCUUCAGGAGCUGGCUGAUCUCAGGGCAGGAUGACUUGGAGUGUCUUUACGGUUUUGAAGGCUGUUCCAUGGUUCCCACCAUUUAUCCCCUGGAGACUCUGCACAACUCCCUCUCUUUGCGGCAGGUCAACGAGUUCCUGACAGCCGUUUGCAGGAGUUGCAGCGAAUCGCAUGUCCAGUCCACCGCAGCUUUGUUUGAUUCAAUGAUUGGCAGCCAGAUACCAGGAGACCCCUUCAUGUCCCAGCAAAUCCUGUCAUCAUCGUCCUUGCCAUUGCGCCAGCGUUCGGAUAAGCCCCCUUGGUACAGCAGUGGCCCCUCCAGUACUGUCUCCAGUGCAGGCCCAUCCUCCCCAACUUCUGUGGACAACUGUGCUCGUUUCAGCUUUACUGAGAAACUUUCUAUCAGCCCCCCAAAAAGUGAGGAGCAACUGACCAGCCGGUCCCCUGAGCAGGAAGAGAGUCAAGCUCCAGGCAGAGGGCUCGACACACAGGGGGGCAUGUCUGAGCUGUCAGUAGCCGAGCCAAGUGCCCCUGAGACACUCAUCUGGAGUAAGGGCCCAGAGCCAGGCAGGAUCCUGGAGCUGUGCAAGAAGGAGCUGCCAGAAGAGAAGAGCAUGGGGGAGCUGGAUGAAGAAAAAUCAUCUGAGGAAAUAUUAGAGCCAAGUAACAUAGGAAACUCAAAGUGUGGUGAAGGGUUUGACCUGAGGCUGGCUGGGGAGACAGCAAAGCCAGAUGAGGGGUCUGUUAGGGGAAGGACUGGCCUGGAUCAGUCUGGGCUGCCCAAGGAGAUCCUGGUGCCGUGUGAAGAGGAGCUGCUGGGAGAGGUGUUGGACCCAGAGCAUACAGGCAAGGAGCUGCUGGGGGACAGUGUUUUGUCAGACCAGCUUCUCUCUAGUCACCUGUGCCAGGUGCUGCCACCGCCUCCUGAGAAGAAUGUGGAGGAACUGCAGCUGCUGUAUCAGAAGGAUCAGCAAAAUUAGUGGCUUACUGGACAGCAAGCACUUCUAGCCUGAAAGCAGCCCAACUUCCUGCAUGGCACCUUACACAGCUGGUGGUCCAUAGCAAAGAAGCCUUGUCCCAGGGCCACAGGACUCUGUGGUGUGGAAGAGACUGCUUUGCACUCCACAAGCCAGCUCUUUGCCAUUCAGCAAGAAUGUUUGCCUCGUUAAAUGAACAACAAUGCAAUCUUGGUACUGGCAUGGCACCUCCAUGGAGCAGGGACAUGGUGCUGCACUGGUGUUCCAAGGGCUUUGUGCUCACUGGGACAGCAGCAUUAGAGGACUAGUACAGCCAAGGCUUUUAGGGUGGUACGUCUCCAAAGGGGACAGAUCCUCCCUUGUGACUUUUUGGCCCACAUCCUUCAAAAAAAGUCGUUCUGGGCCCAAAUUAAUCGGAUCCAUCACAACCACAAACCUCCUCUCUGUUCCUUUCUUCCUCUCUCAAUUCCCACUGCUGGCCACCAAAAUCAGGUCCAGAGAGUCCAUGGCAGGAAAACUAGCAGAGGCAGAAAGCAUUCUGAAUGAGUGUGGAAAAGAAGGGUAGUGAGGGCAUCAGGUUUUAAUGCCACUUGCAAGGAAACAUCUCUUUGGCUUGGCCUUGGAUGUUUCCCUGCUGGGCUGGGGCAGGCAGGAGCCUGGGGAUUCAGCCUGAGAGAGAUGUGCAGGGAGGACUCACACAAGUUGGUUUUUUUUCUCAUCCCCAAGGAUCAGGUAGGGUACAGCUCUGAAGUCUUGGUGACAGGGAUUAAAAGAAACUGCUAUUUUGAUAAUUCAGGACUAUUAGAAAUCAAUAAGGAGAAAUCUUUAUUAUAUAUAAAAUGAAAAUUAUUUAAUGUAUAUUUAUGUAAAUGCCUCGUGAGCACAAGCCUGAGGGCAAGAUUGAUACGGGUGUCCCUGCCGCAUCCUGAGUGCUGGCCAGGGCUGUGCUUCCUACUCCUCCUGUAUUUAUGGACAAAUCUGUGUGUCCAUCUGUAGCUAGGAUCUGUGUUUUUGUGAAGCUGUGCCCAAAGAUCUCUAUGCUGUGUUGUGACAGUGUGUGUUCACAGUAAAUCCAUGCUGUGGGUCCAGUG